ACGUGUAACAGAGUCAAAAACAGAGCCACAGCCGAAUCCAGCUCUAAAGGGAGCUCUAUCCCUUGGUGUCAUUACCUUCUUGUGGCUCUGCGCCUCUCCGCCCUCUAGCUCAACGUCAAGUUCAAAACGCUUCCUUGAGAAGAUCGAGGGAUCUCUCGCAUUUCCAGGGCGCCAGGAUGUUGGAGACCCUCGGGCUGCAUACGCCUUUACACUUCAGGUUAGAAUACAACCGGAACAGUCCUCUACGAAUGAGUCGCUGCCUGUGUUUGAUCAAGGAAUGAUGCGAUUGCGGAAGACGAUCUACAAAGUACCUCAUAACGGACCUUUGCCAGUUUCAUUAUUCGCCCUCUGCGCGUCUCUGGAAGAUGUACUAAACGAGGAUAUCUUUGGUUCUGUAUCAUUUCUGAAGAGAGACCGAGGGGUAGGGAACGAUACAUCGAAUGAGCUGGACUCGAACAGAACUCUGCUUAGGCAAACUUGGAAAGUCGGCAUCGCAUACAACACUUUCCGUAUUGUGGACCAUCCUAGAAUCGUUGUGGCUCGGUUGCGGGAAAUGUUGGCACACUGGGGAUUAUACAUUUGCCUUGUGGAUGAGACGAGGCAGAACAGCUCAUGCCAAAUAUUUGGCCUCAACUUCGUAGACGAUGACGUAGGAUCACUGAUUCUCGAAGACGUGUGGGGCACUGAAAGAGGAUGGUUUAGAAAGCUAAAUUUUGGGGACUUUGAGAGGUAUCAAGGCUAUCCUGAGAUUGAAAUGCAUUUUGCCCUUGAGGAAUUUAUAUUUGAAGCGCAAAUGUUUCUCAGAUCAGCGACUGAGUUCACAGGGGGAAAAUACAACUUACUCUUCAUGAAUUGCCAGCACUUCGCUGCACACUUUUUCGCUCAUUUGCAGAAUCACAAUUGGUGCGAUUCGAGGCGAUUGGAUGCCGACUUUCAACUUGAAGAUAUGGCACGGCGGAUAAAAUGCGCAUCGCUCGCACCACUCUGGCGGAAUACUUGUUUUACCUGCCACCUCUAAGGUGGAUUGUAGAUGUACUCCCUCAAAAUAUAUUGGUAACU